AUGGUUAAAUUUUAUAGCAAACAAGAAACAAUUGAGAAGCUUCCCGAAACAACCGAAGAGGAAAUUAAAGUGAACACCCAAGAUAGAGAGGACGACCAAUUAAGUUUUGAAUCUAAUUGGGAAGAAUCAGUUGAGCAAUUUGAUGAUUUAGAUCUCAAAGAAGAAGUCUUAAAAGGAAUAUAUGACUACGGCUUUGAGAAGCCAUCUCCUGUUCAACAGAAAGCUAUUCUUCCGAUGCUACAGGGGAGAGAUACAGUUGUUCAGGCUCAAGCUGGUGCUGGCAAAACUUUUGCUUUUAUAAUCUCAGCCUUACAGAUAGUAGAUACUUCAUUAGACCAAGCUCAGGUAUUAAUACUUGCUCCUGCAAGAGAGCUUUGCUACUGAAUUGGUUCAAUUGUAGAAUCCAUCGGUAAGCACACUGGGGUAAAGGCUCUUGCAUGAUGAGGAGGUACCCAUAUCAGAGACAAUAUCAGGAAACUUAAGGAGGGAUUCCAAAUUAUUGUUGGCACUCCAGGUAGAAUUCAUGAUAUGAUGAGAAAAGAUUUCCUUCAGGUAGUCUAUCUGAAAUUAAUUGUUAUGGAUGAAGCUGAUGAGAUGUUAUCCAGAGGGUACAAAGAGCAGAUACAAGAAAUUUUUAAAAUUUUACCAGGAGAUACUCGAGCAGCUUUAUUCUCUCCGACUAUGCCUCCAGAUAUUCUUCUUAUGAGUGAGAAUUUUAUGAGAGAGCCAGCAAAAAUUCUAAGAAUGAAGAAUUCAGAUCUUCAAAGUUUCGGUCAAUAUUAUGUUCUUUUGGGUAAUGAAAAACAAAAAUUUGAUGAAUUAAUCGAUUUGCUAAUGAAGUUGGAUUCUUGCCAAGCUAUAAUUUAUUGUAACACAACAAAGAAAGUAGAUGAGCUUGCAAAAGAUUUGAAAUCGAAAGAUUUCUCUUGUUGAGCAAUCCAUCAAGAAAUGGAUCAAGAAAGCAUAGAUUUUUCAAUGAGAGAGUUCGGAGCAACUUUAUCAAAAUUUUUGGUAUCUACUGGACUAUAUGCUAGCCAAAUUUAUACCCAAAAUGCUUCUGUUAUUAUAAACUAUGAUUUACCAUUAAAGAAAGAGAGCUAUGUUCAUAGAAUUUGUAGUUUAUCAAGAAUUAAUAGAAAUAAUACUGCUAUCAAUUUGACAACUUCCACAGACUCAUCUUUUUUGGAAGAAAUUGAGACUUAUUAUGGCACAGAGAUCAAUAAGUUGCCUGAUGAUCUAACACUAGUAUAG